UCGAAUUAGGUGGACAAAUUUAAUGUCUUUUAUAAAUUCGAAUACUUUUUGUAUCUUUUCUUCGUCAUCUGAAAGUGCGUCAGAUAUGUUGGAAGGUAUAUUAUGUUUUGUUCUGGUGUCAGAGUAUAGUCUGCAAGUUGUUACAAUGUGUUUCAGUGUAAGUGAUGUGUUGCAUGUUUUACAAAAUGGUGGUUUCAGGCCUCUCAUUAGGUAGCCAUGGGUAAAGGCUGCAUGUCCAAUUCUAAGCCAAGUUAAAAUUAUUUCUUCUUUACUAUUCUUUUUGAAAGAGGUCGUCCACGGUUUGGUAUCUUUUUAAUUUCUUGCAAUUUAUUCGUAGAUUGGUUCCACUUGAAUUUCCAUUUUUCAUUUAACAUUUUUUUGCAUUUCAAUCUCCAGUCAGCAGCGGUCGUUAAAUUGAUCAUUGUGGUUCCAUUAUUUUUUUCUUCUUGCCAGGUUUGCAGCUCUGUCUGCAGCUUCGUUCCCAGAUAUGUCACAAUGUGACGGUGCCCAUGCGAGGACGAUGUCUCUGCCCGGCUACUCCAUUUCCCAGAGGUAGUUUUUGAUUUUCCUGAA